CAAAUCAUUUCUUGGAAAUGAUUGAAUUUCGCCGUAAUCAUAUUUUAGGACUUCUUUAUCACAGUUUCCAGUCAGCUGAAAGGUCUCAGUGAGCGGCGCGCCCUCCCCCUCGGCUCCCUGCUGCUUGGCUUUCUGUAUUUCUCAGACUGUAACGGGUGGACGGAGCUCUCCAUCCAUCCACUCCCGCAGAGAUGGCGGACCCUGCGGAGACCUGCAUCAAGGUGGUGUGCCGGUUUAGGCCGCUAAACAGCUCGGAAGUGGCCCGGGGAGACAAGUACAUCCCCAAGUUUCAAGGGGAUGAUUGCGUGCUGAUGUCGGGUAAGCCGUACCACUUCGACCGUGUGUUCCAGUCCAACACAACUCAGGAGCAGUUCUACAACGCUGUGGCCCAGAAGAUCGUCAAGGAUGUUUUGGAUGGCUACAAUGGGACAAUAUUUGCAUAUGGGCAGACUUCAUCGGGGAAAACACACACGAUGGAGGGGAGACUCCACGACCGAGACAUGAUGGGAGUCACCCCAAGAAUUGUUCAAGACAUCUUCAACUACAUUUAUUCCAUGGAUGAGAACCUGGAGUUUCACAUCAAAGUGUCAUAUUUUGAAGUCUAUUUGGACAAAAUCAGGGACUUGUUGGAUGUAACAAAGACCAACCUUUCUGUACAUGAGGAUAAAAACAGGGUGCCCUAUGUGAAGGGUUGUACCGAGCGUUUCGUGUGCAGUCCCGACGAGGUCAUGGACGCCAUAGAUGUAGGCAAAAACAACAGAAUUGUGGCUGUCACAAACAUGAAUGAACACAGCUCCAGGAGUCACAGCAUAUUCCUCAUCAACAUCAAGCAGGAAAACUCUCAGACCGAGCAGAAACUUACCGGGAAGCUCUACCUCGUCGAUCUGGCUGGAAGUGAAAAAGUGGGAAAAACUGGAGCAGAGGGCACAGUGCUGGAUGAGGCCAAGAUGAUCAACAAGUCUCUGUCUGCUCUGGGAAACGUUAUUUCAGCUCUGGCUGAGGGCUCGGGUUAUGUACCGUACAGAGACAGUAAGAUGACCAGGAUCCUGCAGGACUCUCUGGGGGGGAACUGUCGGACCACCAUGGUCAUCUGCUGCUCACCCUCGGCCUUCAAUGACGCUGAGACGCGGUCCACACUGAUGUUCGGACAGAGGGCAAAGACCAUCAAGAACACAGUGAGUCUGAACGUGGAGUUGACCGCAGAGCAGUGGAAAAAAAAGUGGGAGAAAGAGAAAGACAAGAACAAGACGCUGAAAACCACCGUCACCUGGCUGGAGAAUGAGCUGAACCGCUGGAGGAGCGGAGAAAAUGUGCCAGCAGAAGAACAGUUCGAUAAAGAAAAGGCCAAAGCGGAGGUCCAGGCCCUGGAUGGUGCGUUAAACAACGACAAGCCAGCAGCCCCGCCUGCACUCAGCAGCCUGCCUGGAGUCAAACUCACAGAUGCACAGAAUGGGGCAGAAAUGGCCAAACUCUACAAGGAACUGGAUGACAAGGAUGAUGAGAUUAACCAGCAGUCUCAGUUGGUGGAGGAACUGAAACAACAGAUGAUGGACCAGGAGGAGCUCUUAUCGUCCUCCCGACGAGAUCACGACACGCUGCAAACUGAACUCAACCGGCUGCUGGCGGAGAACGACGCGUCCAAGGAUGAGGUGAAGGAGGUGCUGCAGGCCCUGGAGGAGCUGGCGGUCAACUACGACCAGAAGACUCAGGAAGUAGAGGACAGAGCAAGAGAGUUUGAGGCUCUGAGUGAGGAGCUCAACCAGAAAUCGAGCUCCCUGGCCUCCAUAGACACUGAACUCCAGAAGCUGAAGGAGAUGACCAACCACCAGAAGAAGAGGGUCAAUGAGAUGAUGUCAUCAUUACUCAAAGAUUUGGCUGAAAUUGGCAUCUCCAUGGGAAGCAACGACAUUAAGCAACAAGAGGGCAGCGGCCUCAUCGACGAGGAGUUCACUGCGGCUCGUCUCUACAUCAGUAAGAUGAAGUCGGAGGUGAAGACGAUGGUGAAGCGCAGCAAACAGCUGGAGAGCACAAAGGCCGAGAGCAGCCAGAAGAUGGAGCAGACGGAGAUUGAGCUGACUGCCUGCCAGCUCCGCAUCUCCCAGUACGAAGCUAAGAUCAAGUCCCUGACAGACUCCCUGCAGAAUGUGGAGCAGAAGAAAAGACUUCUGGAGGAAAACCUGGACUCUCUCAACGAGGAAGUAGUCAGGAUCAAAGCCCAAGAGAAAGUAAAUACCAUGGAGAAGGACAGUGAAAUCCAGUCUGCUAAUGAAGUCAAGGACGCUGUGGAGAAGCAGAUCCUGUCUCACAGAGAGGCCCAUCAGAAACAGAUCAGCAGCCUGAGAGACGAGCUGGACAACAAGGAGAAAUGCAUCACAGAGCUGCAGGAUCUGAACCAGAAGAUCAUCCUGGAGCAGGAGAGGCUGAGGGUGGAGCACGAGAAGCUGAAGGCUGCUGACCAGGAGAAGAACCGCCAGCUGCAGGAGCUCACGGUGCAGCAGGACAGAAGGGAGCAGGCCAAACAGGACCUGAAGGGACUGGAGGAGACUGUGGCCCGAGAGCUGCAGACACUCCACAACCUGAGGAGGCUCUUUGUCCAAGACAUGUCCACUAGAGUCAAAAAGAAUGCAAAAUCAGACUCGGAUGACACAGAAUGCAGCGCUGCCUACAAACAGAAGAUCAGCUUCCUGGAGAACAACCUCGAGCAGCUCACACAAGUUCACAAACAGCUGCUACGGGACAACGCCGACCUUCGGGGAGCGAUCCCUAAAAUAGAAAGGCGUCUCCGGGCCACGGCUGAGCGGGUCAAAGCUCUCGAAUCAGCUUUGAAAGAGGCCAAAGAGAACGCAGCCAGUGAACGAAAGCGCUACCAGGAGGAGAUGGAGCGCAUUAAGGACACCGCCAGGCCCAAAAACAUGGGCCGGAGAGCCUCAGCACAGAUAGCCAAGCCCAUCAGACCAGGCCAGCUGCCGGGAGGCCCUCUGAUCCCCGGCCUCAACAGAUCCAACCUCAUCCAGAACAACCUGCCUCCUGGCAUCAAGGAAGGGGGCAACGACAGCAGCUGAAGACAGAAGACAGUCAACCAAAGAAGAAGCCAAAGCACUUAUCCCAAAACUUUAACCAUUCAUGCACCAUUCUUCAGAGAACCCAUCAAAGUCUGUAUAUACUGUAUAUAAGUCUGACCUGUACUGUAGAGUCCUUCAAGCCUUGGCGCGACAUGAAACCGAAUAACCAUUGCUGCAUUUCAAAACGAACACAUCACAGCACAAGUUGAUCUGUUACCAGGAAUUGAAUGAGAGAUCUAUGGGGAAGGACUGGGGCGCUGGUAGCCUAGCGAUUAGUGUGUGGGCCCUCCAGAGCGGACGACACCGGGUUCAGGUCUGACCUGUGGCUCCUUCCUACAUGUAGACUCUCUCUCUGAUAAAUAUAGGGAAGGACUUAUAACUGUUCUCUCGUCUACAGUAGGCCAAUAAAUACAUGACAUUUUCAUAUAUGCAUUACUGCACCUGUUCCGUCCCUCUGCAUGCCCUGCUGUGGAUAAAAUCCAGAGAUCUCUUUGUGACACUCUUUUUGCCUGUGCAUCAUUAUCGUGAUUAUUAUUAUGAUAGCCUGUCUUGACCAAUCAAAAGUACAUUUAACCAGAGCCAUGUGGUUAAAAUGAUGAUGUGUCACUAUUUGAUCCAGGUGAGUGAGAGCUGAGAGAGAUGAUAUUUAGCCAAACGUUCCUCUUUAACACACAAGUAGAGCAAGUGUUUGCACCUCCUGCCUUUCAUCCUGACCUGUUCUUCCCAUCUAUAAAUAUUCAUGGUUUCAAAAAGCCAUGAACUCCUCACUCCUUCCUAGAGAUUAUACGUCAACAGAACAGAAAUCCGUCUUUGGCUCAGGGCAAGAAAAGUCAGGAGACAUGAAAGUUAUUUUGACCUUAUUUAUGCCUCUUAGCUGCAGACGAGUGAUCACUUGCAUUCACUAAGACCGUUAAACAUUUGUUUUGUGUUUAUUGUAUCCAGAUUUGGAUGGAAGUGGUUGACUGACAUUCCUCUCAUUAAACGCACUCCUGAUUUACACUCAACACAUGCAAAGGCAUCUUACAUUUAGAGUUAACAUUUCUAAAUUAUUAAGAUGAACUUACCUAAACUUGUUUAAUAUUUUAAAGUAAAUGUUCUCAGCAAUUUUAAAUUAUUCUUUUAAACUUUAUUGAAUCACUGGAGGUAUCGUCAUUGUCUUAAAGAUGAUGAGUCAUCAAGAAGACUGUGCAAGUGCCUGUUCACAUUUGUUGCAGACCAAAUGCUGCAGUGUGUUUCCACCAUGGAUUUUUGUAGACUUGUGACUCAAGUCAACUUUUUACUCUAGAGAUAAUAAAUUCAAAUUGGAAA